GGCUCAGCCUGUGAUUCAGAGAGCCGGGACCUGCGAGAGUCUGCUGGUGCCCCACACUCGAACCCGAGAUGACAGCCAGCAAGCGAGUAGCGAAGGAGUUGGAGGAUCUUUUGGAACAACUUCCACCGUACCUGCGGGACCUGUCUGGCAAUGAUGACAACGUGCUGGUGUGGAACAUGCUCCUACUGCCUGACCAACCUCCCUAUAACCUCAAGGCGUUCCAUCUGCGGAUCGAUUUCCCCAGGGAGUAUCCAUUAAAGCCUCCCACUUUGAAAUUCAUCACCAAGAUCUACCACCCCAAUGUCAGCGAGGAUGGGCUGGUGUGUCUGCCCCUGAUCAGCAUCAGGAACUGGAAGCCUUACACUAAGACCUACCAAGUCUUGGAGGCCCUCAUUGUGCUGGUGGGUAAACCCAAUCCAGAAGAGCCUGUGCGGUUGGAACUUGGCGAGCUCCUGACCCAGAACCCAGAGAUGUUCAAGAGAAACGCAGAAGAGUUCACCCUUAAGUUUGGAGAGGACAGGCCCUCUUAGCUCUCCUUCUCAGGCCUCUCUGCCUAGAUCUUCUGCUUAGUGGAUACAAGGUUGAUUACCUGCACGCAUCCUGUAUGCUCCUCUGGAUCUCUCUGAGGCCACCCACUUCCCUCCCGACUCUGCCUUCCCAGGACUGGGGCUUACUCUGCAGUGGAGAAGGCUAGCGUGAAGUUGUGCCGCCGCUUUGCUGGGUCCAGCUCUGCAUAGUCGAAGGCGUCUGGGAAAAACUUGUGGAUGAGGGCGCAGAAGGCCAUGCCGCUGCUCCAGCUGGAGGAGAAAUUCUGGAUGUCCACGUGCUGUGAUAGACAGACAGGGAACGAAAGACCUAAGCGACCCUGGGCCGGAGGGCCUGGGCUUUGCCUCUCCCAUCCUUUGGAAUCUGGACCCUCAGAUUCUCCGCCACACAUUUGUCCUGAGGAAAAGUGUCCCUGCCCCUUCUGUAUCCCCAGCCUGUGCCCACCUCAUAGUUUCUCGUCAUGGCCCGGCACCACUCCAAAAGCAUGUUCUUAA